CGGGAGGCCGCCCCGCCGACGCCUCGGGUGGGCGCCUAGGGCCGCGACUUGCGGGAGGCCCGGGCGGUUCCCUAAGGCGCCCCGGGGCCGGAGGAAGCCUUAGCCGAGCGCUCCGAGCGCCUGCGCUCCCGGCUGCACCCACAGGCCUACUAUCCGGGGUUCAAAUCUCGGCAGCUCCUGGUGGGCCCUCGGGUGUAGACUCCAGGCAUCCAUCUCACGCCCUGGACGUGGCUUCUGCAGCCUUGGGAAACCGCGCCUUCCACUAGCUGCAUUUCAAGCGUAUUGGAAGAAAUUCGAGAAUAUUUUAUAUUUGAGAUCUUCUCUUUUGCAGAGAGAAGGGGAGGUCUUGAGUGGGUGGUCCUCGAGAGUUCCUUCUGAUAAUUAGUCUUACUCCACGGGGAAGAGUGUGGGAUGGAUUCGUUCCGACCAUGAAACUACCAUCUGGCAAUAUUGUGCAUUUUGUCAGUGAAACUGGCUUUUUAAAGGACUUAAGCUUCCCUUGGAGAAUGAAUAUGGGACCUCUCUGGCUCCUGGCAUGGUGCCUAGAACAGAAUUGUCCUUGUAUUUUGCCUGAAACUUAGUGACAAGUUACCCUGAAGCUCAAACUUUCCCUCUAUCCAGUGAUGUUUAUCUUCUCUGACUUUGUCAACUCGCUGACGGUUUGGUUCCUAUCAGAAUGCCUGCCACAGGACACAUUCUUGGGAGAUUUUCACCUGGGCACGUGAACAAGGGGCCUUUUCAUCACUUUACAGUAGUCCUUCGAGGGAACCCUACCUGUCUCCCAUGUACUUUUUGCAUGUUAACACUGAUGGCUCUAUAGACAUUGUUUUGGAGCCUAACAGUCCCCAAGUGUUGGACUCACGCAAACUCUCUGACGGGUUAUGACUGCCUAGUUCCAAGCAGUGCAAUCAUUGCUGCUAAAAUCGAUUCAAUUCCUCACUUGAAUAAUUCCACACCCCUGGUGGACCCCUCCGUGUACGGAUACGGAGUACAGAAACGGCCCUUGGACGAUGGAGUAGGUAACCAGUUAGGGGCCUUGGUACAUCAAAGGGCAGUAAUAACAGAAGAAUUCAAGGUGCCUGAUAAAAUGGUUGGAUUUAUUAUUGGCAGGGGAGGUGAGCAGAUUUCACGAAUUCAAGCAGAAUCUGGGUGCAAAAUCCAGAUUGCCUCAGAGAGUUCUGGGAUUCCAGAGAGGCCCUGUGUACUUACCGGAACCCCAGAAAGUAUUGAACAAGCCAAACGGCUCCUGGGGCAGAUUGUGGACCGAUGUCGGAAUGGGCCUGGCUUUCACAACGAUAUAGAUGGCAACAGCACAAUCCAGGAGCUUCUUAUCCCUGCAUCUAAAGUGGGGCUGGUCAUCGGCAAAGGAGGGGAAACAAUCAAGCAGUUGCAGGAGCGGACAGGUGUGAAAAUGGUCAUGAUCCAGGAUGGCCCGCUACCCACAGGAGCAGACAAGCCUCUCCGCAUCACUGGAGAUCCAUUUAAAGUACAGCAAGCAAGAGAAAUGGUCUUAGAAAUCAUCCGAGAGAAAGACCAGGCUGACUUCCGGGGCGUGCGCAGUGACUUCACCUCCCGAGCGGGAGGAGGUAGUAUAGAGGUGUCUGUGCCUAGGUUUGUUGUUGGGAUUGUCAUAGGAAGAAACGGAGAAAUGAUUAAGAAGAUCCAGAAUGAUGCUGGUGUGAGGAUCCAGUUCAAACCAGACGACGGGAUUAGUCCAGAAAGAGCAGCACAGGUCAUGGGCCCUCCAGAUCGGUGUCAGCAUGCAGCACGCAUCAUCAAUGAGCUCAUCCUCACGGCACAGGAAAGAGAGAUCCUUGGAGGCCUCACGGGAACAAGAGGAAGAGGCCGAGGCCGUGGUGAUUGGAGUGUGGGCACUCCUGGUGGCAUCCAGGAAAUUACAUACACAGUGCCAGCUGAUAAAUGCGGCCUCGUGAUAGGCAAAGGGGGCGAGAACAUCAAAAGCAUCAACCAGCAAUCAGGUGCCCACGUGGAGCUGCAGCGGAACCCCCCUCCUAACACCGACCCUAACCUGCGGAUAUUUACCAUCAGGGGUGCUCCUCAGCAGAUCGAGGUGGCCAGGCAUCUCAUAGAUGAGAAAGUUGGCGGUGCCAGCCUCGGAGCCCCUACAGCCUUCGGACAGAGCCCCUUCAGCCAGCCACCAGCUGCACCACAUCAAAACACCUUUCCCCCCAGGGCCUUCCCCAACAUCGCUGCUAAAGUUAACGGGAACCCCCACAGCACCCCUGUGAGCGGCCCUCCAGCUUUUCUGACCCAAGGCUGGGGCAGCACUUACCAGGCUUGGCAGCAGCCUACACAGCAAGUCCCAAGCCAGCAGAGCCAGCCACAGAACAGCCAGCCCGACUACAGCAAGGCCUGGGAAGACUAUUACAAAAAACAGGGUCACACCACCAGUGCUGCCCCACAGGCCAGCUCCCCCCCAGACUACACGAUGGCCUGGGCCGAGUACUACAGGCAGCAGGCCGCCUUCUAUGGGCAGACUUUAGGGCAGGCUCAGGCCCACAGCCAGGUCUGUAGCCAGUCCCCAGCACCGUGAUGCCACCCAGCCUUGUGCUUUCCUAGUCCCAGGGUGAGCACGGUGGCCUAUAGGGUCUCCUCUGUCCCUCCACCUUGUCCCAAACCUUGAGCUUGAUCAGAUGCUGCUCUCUUUCUAGCUCUAGGCCUGGCAACCCUAACUCUAAUUGCCAUGGGUCUGUGGUAAACAAGGACCACUCCAGUGGUAGUCCUUGCAGAGAGUGGCCAGGCUGGGGCCUUUACCUGCACAGCACCUUCGGGGCCGAGCAAGUGGAGGGCCAGCUUGGCCUCUCAGUGUGUAGAAACGUGGAGGGCUCUAUGUAGUCCUCAGCCAGAAGGAGCUCUCCUUGGACCUUGGGGGCAGGGCUCCCAUAGGUACCUUUUGCCUUGUAGGAAGCUGGUGGUAGGCCUGGUGACCCAGAAGAAGCCCUCCCCUUGCACCCCCCUUUGCCCCUACAUCUUGCCCCUAGAACCUGAGGUGCUUAGAGUCCAGUAUCUGGUGGUGUGAGGUGCUGGUCUUGGGCUGACCCUCUCCCUCCCCCCCACAGGAGCAGUAGAUGGGCAUCUGCCGCGGCUCUUCCCCGAAAUCAGUGUGAGAGAAACCUGUUUGUUACAGAGAUUUUUAGAUUUGCAAACCUUUCGAUGAAGACCUUUGUUUUGUUCUGUGAAACACUAUAUUUAGAUUAACAGAAAUUUUCUAAAAAUUAGGAAAAUUAGUUACUAAACAUUGGUAAUUUUUGUGUCAUGAUUUCUUUGUAAAUGUGUAAGCUCUGGAGCUCUUUUGGAGCAAAACCUGCAAGCUCAGGUGCCGGAACUCUCCUCAGAGCCUGACAUUUCAUCAAAUGAUGGGUUUGUCUUGUGUCUUUUUAUUUACAGUUUUGGGUGGUUUUUUUUGUUUUUUUGUUUUUUUGUUUUUUUGUUUUUUUGUUUUUUUUUGUUGGUUUUUUGUUGGGUUUGGGGGGGUUUGGUUUUUUGUUUUGUUUUGUUUUUUGUUUUUUUGUUUUUUUCUGUUACAACAGAAAAAAUGGCUUGGAAGUCUUAGGUGGUAAUGUAACAAAUUCUUUAAAAAUUUUUAAGCAGUAUUUAAAUAUUCAUAAAUGUAAAUUCAUUAAGUGUUUCACCUCUAAUUUCUUGUAUCUUGGCUGUCUGGUUUUAUUGCAUUUUUUAAAAAACUGAACUAUUAUGUAUUGUAAUUAAUGAUGUGAAUUUUGAACUGAGACGGGUCCUUGUGUUGUGGAGGGUCAGUCGUGGGCUGUAUCAUUUCUAGCGUUUGGAUGGUGAUACGGAGAUGCUGUCCACCUUCCUGUAAGCUGCCCGUCUCCAUUGCCCAGGGCGGUUGUGUGUCUAAGACCUCCAAGCUGGUUUUAAAAACAAAAAGCCUUUCUCUAUUCUCAGAAAUAUAAAUACUGUUAUUUUUAAUAUUAAAAAGAAAUUGAAUAUAACUUUAACACACACUGUGGACAUUAAACCAUAUAAAAAUGUAGUGACUAUUUUUUAAUUCCAGGUGUUUUUUGCUUUUUUCCUUAAAUAUUUUCUUAAUAUUUGUCAAAUUAACUAGAUAAAUAAAUAAAUCUAGUAUUAACCACAGUAUGAGUUAAAUAAUUUUGAUUUAAUAAAAGGGAUGAUUUCCAAUGUUUACUGUAGUGUAACUUGUACAGAUAACAUGUAUUUUUAAAGAAAAGACGAAAUUGACGCUAUUUUCUCUUGCGUUUUGAAUUGACCUGAGGAACGCUCGUUUGAAACGCGCUCGUCCCAGUUUGCGGUUCCUGUUCUCCUCGCAGUGCUUGCAAUGUCUAACCAUUAAACAGCAUUGGACAUGUUAUGCAUGUGGUUGUUUUUUAAAGGUGUUCUUUUUAUUUGACUGACAAUUCAUUUUACACUCUAUAUAAUAAAAUUUCCACAAGACAUCUUGUGGGCAAAGUG